AGACCCCGCUCUGGCGCCCCCGCCCCCAGUCUAGAGCCUGCCGCCCGUUGGAGACCAAUGGGAGGCUCUUGCGCGUCUCAGAUCGAUUUUCCAGGUGCGGAGUUCACUCCCGCAGCGGCUGCGGCAUUUCGGACCCGCGGCGCGCUGGAGCCAGGCGCGGCGCUCCGGAGGGAGCUGCGCAGAGCGGACCCGAAGCCGGCCCUCGCCACGCCGCACCUUCCCAGCCGGCGGUGGUCGAGCCUUGGGAUCUGCAUCUCCCGCCCUGGUCUACGCGGCUCGCCCUCCCUCCUUUUCUCUCCGGCGCACGCCCGAGGCUGAAGACCUCUGCGCACCGGCCCGAGAGGUGACCUUGGGCUCUGGGCUGCAUCACAGAAGAAAUUAGUUCCUCCGGGAGAUGAAGCCUCAGAAGGAGAGACAGAUUACAGAUCGUGAAAAGAUCCUGCCUAAGCUUUCCUGGCCUGCUCGAGCCUGGGAGCCAACGAUGAAGCAGACUUUUGCCUUUGACAACAGUGGCUACGAGGACGGCCUGGAUGGCGUGCGCCCCUCUCAGGCGGCCACUGGCACCAUCAGCAUCGUGGGCAUGACCUGCCAGUCGUGUGUGAAGUCCAUCGAGGGCAGGGUGUCCAGUUUGAAAGGCAUCGUGAGCGUUAAGGUUUCCCUGGAGCAGGGCAGCGCCACGGUGAGGUACAUGCCCUCGGUCCUGAGCCUGCCUCAGGUUUGCUGUCAGAUCGAGGACAUGGGCUUCCAGGCCACUGUGGCGGAGGGAAAGGCUGCCUCCCGGUCCUCCAGGUUCUCGCCCGCCCUGGAGGCUGUGGUCAAGCUUCGGGUGGACGGCAUGACCUGCCAGUCCUGCGUCAGCUCCAUAGAAGGCAAGAUCGGGAAGCUGCAGGGCGUCGCGAGGGUCCGCGUGUCGCUCAGCAACCAGGAGGCCGUCAUCACGUACCAGCCUUACCUUAUCCAACCCCAAGACCUCAGGGACCGCGUGAACGACAUGGGGUUUGAAGCCGUCAUCAAGAACAAGGUGGCCCCCGUGAGCCUGGGACCUAUUGACAUCAGGCAGCUCCAGCGCAUCCACCCAAAGGCCCCUCCGGCUUCCAUUAACCAGAAUGGCAAUAACUCAGAGACCUCGGGGAGCCAGGGGGUGCCCCUGUCUCUGAGAGUGGAUGGAAUGCACUGUAAGUCUUGUGUCCUGAACAUCGAAGAAAAUAUUGGCCAGCAGCCAGGGGUUCAGAGGAUCCAAGUGUCCCUGGAGAACAGGACUGUCCAAGUCCAGUACGACCCUUCCCGCAUCUCCCCAGGGACCCUGCAGAGGGCCAUUGAGGCUCUACCACCUGGGAACUUUAAAGUCUCUCUACCCGAUGGAGCAGAAGGGAGUGGGACAGACACCAGGAGCCCCCAGGUGCCCGGCGUGCACUGUGCUGCAGUGCUGACCAUCGCUGGCAUGACCUGCGAGUCCUGCGUCCAGUCCAUCGAGGGCCUGCUUUCCCAGAAGGAGGGAGUGCAGCGUAUCUCAGUGUCUCUGGCUAAAGGGACAGGAACGGUUCUCUACGAUCCAUCUCUAACUCACCCAGCAGAACUCCGAGCUGCGGUGGAGGACAUGGGAUUCGAGGCCUCUGUCCUGGCUGAAAACUGUUCCAGCAACCACGCUGGGAACCACAGUGCUGGGAGCGCCACGGGGCACACGGCGGCUGGUGCACCUGUGUCCGUGCAGGACACGACUCCCCAGCCCGGGGGCCUUCCUACAAACCACGACCCCGGCCUCGUGUCCAAGUCCCCUCAGGCCUCCGAAACCGUGGCCCCGCAGAAGUGCUUUCUACAGGUCAGAGGCAUGACCUGCGCGUCCUGUGUGUCCAACAUAGAGAGGAACCUGCAGAAAGAAGCUGGCAUUCUGUCUGUGCUGGUUGCGUUGAUGGCUGGAAAGGCAGAGGUGAAGUAUAAUCCGGAAGUUAUCCAGCCCCUGGAGAUAGCGCAGCUCAUCCAGAACCUGGGCUUCGAGGCAGAGGUGAUGGAGGACUACGCGGGCUCAGACGGCGACCUCGAGCUGAUUAUCACGGGGAUGACCUGCACUUCCUGUGUUCACAACAUAGAGUCCAAACUCACAAGGACGAACGGCAUCACCUACGCCUCUGUGGCUCUUGCCACCAGCAAAGCCCACGUGAAGUUUGAUCCUGAAAUUAUCGGUCCGCGGGAUAUUGUCAAAAUUAUCGAGGGAAUCGGCUUUCAUGUCUCCCUGACCCAGAGGAGCCCCAGCGCUCAUCACUUGGACCACAAGCUGGAAAUAAAGCAGUGGAAGAAGUCUUUCCUGUGCAGCCUGGUGUUUGGCAUCCCUGUCAUGGGUUUAAUGAUCUAUAUGUUGAUACCCAGCCACGAGCCCCACGAGUCUAUGCUCCUGGACCACAACAUCGUCCCAGGACUGUCCAUCCUGAACCUCGUCUUCUUUAUCUUGUGUACCUUUGUUCAGUUCCUCGGGGGCUGGUACUUCUACGUGCAGGCCUACAAAUCUCUGAGACACCGGGCGGCCAGCAUGGACGUGCUCAUCGUGCUGGCCACAAGCAUUGCCUACGUCUACUCCCUCGUCAUCCUGAUCGUGGCCAUCGCCGAGAAGGCCGAGAGGAGCCCGGUGACCUUCUUUGAUACCCCCCCCAUGCUCUUCGUGUUCAUUGCCCUGGGGCGGUGGCUGGAACACGUGGCAAAGAGCAAAACUUCAGAAGCCCUCGCCAAACUCAUGUCUCUACAAGCCACGGAAGCCACCGUCGUGACCCUUGGGGAGGACAACUUAAUCAUCAGAGAGGAGCAGGUGCCCAUGGAGCUGGUGCAGCGUGGAGACAUCAUCAAGGUGGUCCCUGGGGGCAAGUUCCCAGUGGACGGGAAGGUCCUGGAAGGCAGCACCAUGGCCGACGAGUCCCUCAUCACAGGAGAGGCCAUGCCCGUCACGAAGAAGCCCGGCAGCACGGUGAUCGCUGGGUCGAUGAACGCCCACGGCUCCGUGCUCAUCACUGCCACCCACGUGGGCAACGACACCACCUUGGCUCAGAUUGUAAAGCUGGUAGAAGAGGCUCAGAUGUCCAAGGCACCCAUUCAGCAACUGGCUGACCGGUUUAGUGGAUAUUUUGUCCCAUUUAUCAUCAUCAUUUCAACUUUGACGUUGGUGGUAUGGAUUGUAAUCGGCUUUAUCGAUUUCGGUGUUGUUCAGAAAUACUUCCCUACGUCCAGCAAGCAUAUCUCCCAGGCAGAGGUGGUCCUCCGGUUUGCAUUCCAGACGUCCAUCACGGUGCUGUGCAUCGCCUGCCCCUGCUCUCUGGGCCUGGCCACGCCCACGGCCGUCAUGGUGGGCACGGGGGUGGCCGCCCAGAAUGGCAUCCUCAUCAAGGGAGGCAAGCCUCUGGAGCUGGCCCACAAGAUAAAGACUGUGAUGUUUGACAAAACUGGCACCAUCACCCACGGGGCCCCCAAGGUCAUGCGGGUCCUCCUGCUCGUGGACGUGGCCACGCUGCCCCUCCGGAAGGUGCUCGCUGUGGUGGGGACUGCGGAGGCCAGCAGUGAGCACCCCCUGGGUGUGGCAGUCACCAGAUACUGUAAAGAGGAACUUGGCACAGAGACCUUGGGAUACUGCACGGACUUCCAGGCGGUGCCUGGCUGUGGGAUCGGCUGUAAAGUCAGCAACGUGGAGGGCAUCCUGGCCCAGGGCAAGCGCCCACGUGGCCAACCGGCCGCCCACCUGAAUGGGGUCAGCAGCGUCCCCGUGGAAACAGAUGCGGUCCCACAGACCUUCUCUGUGCUGAUCGGCAGCCGAGAGUGGAUGAGGCGCAACGGCUUGACCGUCACCAGCGACAUCAGCGACGCGAUGACCGAUCACGAGAUGAAAGGCCAGACGGCCAUUCUGGUGGCCAUCGACGGUGUGCUCUGUGGCAUGAUCGCCAUCGCAGAUGCCGUCAAGCAGGAGGCCGCCCUGGCCGUGCACACACUGAAGAGCAUGGGCGUGGAUGUGGUUCUGAUCACGGGGGACAACCGCAAGACAGCCAGAGCCAUUGCCACCCAGGUUGGCAUCAACAAAGUCUUUGCGGAGGUGCUGCCUUCUCAUAAGGUGGCCAAGGUCCAGGAGCUCCAGAACGAGGGGAAGAGAGUAGCCAUGGUGGGCGAUGGCGUGAACGACUCCCCGGCCCUGGCCCGGGCCGACGUGGGCAUCGCCAUCGGGACGGGCACGGACGUGGCCAUCGAGGCAGCUGACGUCGUCCUCAUCAGAAAUGACUUGCUCGACGUGGUGGCCAGCAUUCACCUCUCCAAGAGGACCGUCCGGAGGAUACGACUCAACCUGGUGCUGGCACUGAUCUACAACCUGGUCGGGAUCCCCAUCGCAGCAGGUGUCUUCAUGCCCAUCGGCAUCGUGCUGCAGCCGUGGAUGGGCUCGGCGGCUAUGGCUGCCUCCUCCGUGUCCGUGGUCCUCUCGUCACUGCAGCUCAAGUGCUACAAGAAGCCGGAGCUGGCGUGGUACGAGGCGCAGGCGCAGGGCCGCAUGAAGCCCCUGACCGAGUCCCAGGUCAGUGUGCACAUCGGCAUGGACGACCGGCGGCGCAACUCCCCACGGGCCGCGCCCUGGGACCAGGUCCGCUACAUCAGCCAGGUGUCCCUGUCCUCCCUCAAGUCCGACGGGCUGUCCCGGCCCGGCGCCGCGGCCGACGUCGAGGGGAGCAAAUGGCCUUCGCUCCUGAGUGACUGGGACGAGGAGCCGUGCGUCCGAAAGCCGCAGGCGGUUGUGGCCCCCGCCCGGCCCCCCUCCCUGUGUGGCCGAGGCUCCAGCCUGACAGCAGCAGCAGCAGGUAGCAGAGCCCCUCGCCAGCCCUGGACGUUCUAGAUCCCCCCUCCCUGCGGCUUGUGGACCACGGUGCCGGGGUCCCACAGGCUCAUUGGAAACCUUGCUGGCCUCGAGAAGAGGAGGGACAGCCAGCCCUCCUCGCAUCCUCUGCCAUAGCAUUUGGGAUGACUGCCUGUGAAACGAGGACGAUCUCGUUGGGUCCAAAAACUUAGCUGGGCCUGUCCACAGAACCGAUUAAAACCUCGGGCUCCUAUGCUUUUUUUUUUUUUUUUUUUUGCGGUACGCGGGCCUCUCACUGUUGUGGCCUCUCCCGUUGCGGAGCACAGGCUCCGGACGCGCAGGCUCAGCGGCUAUGGCUCGCGGGCCCAGCCGCUCCGCGGCAUGUGGGAUCCUCCUGGACCGGGGCACGAACCUGUGUCCCCUGCAUCGGCAGGCAGACUCUCAACCACUGUGCCACCAGGGAAGCCCUCCGGCGCUUUUUGACGACACCCACGUGCAUCGCGUAUCCAAGACCACCACUUACCUCAAGUGUCCCUGUCUUUUCUGCUGGCGCCAUCUCUUCCUUUUCUGUCCUUGACCCUGUGGCACCCCGUCGUCUGAGGGCCGGGCUGAUGUCCUCACGUCCCCGGGGCUGCUCUGCAGGGGGCUCGUGUGCUCCUUCCUGAACCCCUCGCCCACACGGCCGCCAGAGAGCCGCCAUGCUUCUUUCUCCUCGGGGUGAGGAGAGGUCUUUGUUGCUUACGACCCUCUUCUCCGUGGAGUCCUGGCUUCUCAACGCCGCCGAAUCCAGUGCUGUUGCUGACUGUCGCUGCCCAGCUGGAGUGAGGGUCUCAGAGCCCGAGAC